UGAAACUCAAAAGAAAAAUUAGCUGCUGCAAUGGCUUCCUGCAGUAACAGCAAUGAACUUUUAUCUGAACUAGUCUGUUCAGUUUGCCUGGAACUGUUUCAAGAUGCAGCAACUCUGGAGUGUGGACACAGUUUCUGCAAGAGUUGUCUCGACAGGAAAUGGGACAGUGAAAAGAAUUCCAUCUGUCCAAAAUGCAGAGCGUUAAUUUCAGAAAGGAAGUACAUGAGGAAUAAUGUGCUGUCAAACAUGGCAGAUAGAGCCCGAGAGAUGCAGAUUAAAGGUGAAACAAAUGAGAAAACACAAAUUAAACCAUCUGAUCUAAGUCAAAGAGCAGAAGUUGGUAACACUGAUCAUUUCUGCAAGGAGCACAGUGAAAAGCUUAAGCUGUUUUGUAAGGAAGAUGAAACACCAAUCUGUUAUACUUGUGUGGACAGCUUAAAGCACUGUGGUCACAAUUUCAUUCCCUUACAUGAUGCGGUCAGCAUUUAUAAGGAGAAACUGACAGAAGCCAAAUUUCCUCUGGAAACCCACCUGAAUGAAAUUGAAGAACUGCAGGAAAAGCAGAUGCAGAGGAUAUCAGAAGUUAAUGACCAGACUAAGGCAAUGGAAUUGCAUAUUAAAUCAGAAUUUGCCACCCUCCAUGCCUUCCUUCAGAAUAAGGAACAGCAGUUAAUUCAAAAACUCAGGGAAGAAAAGGAAAGAACCUUGAAAGAAAUGGAGGAGAAUCUGAGAUGCAUCAAGGAGUUCAGUGACACCAUUCAGACACAAAUGCAUGACAUUCAGUCAUGGCUGGAGCAAAAUGAUGCCUUACACAUCCUUCAAAACAUCACAGCGAUUGAAAAUCUGCUUACAAGAAGUCAAAAGAACUUUAUUAAAUCAUCACCAAAGCUAGUCAAACAUGGAAUAACUCUGGGAGUGUACAAAGGCCCAUUGCAGUAUGGCAUAUGGAAAGAAAUGUUGUCUGUCAUAAACCCAGGUCUAACAUCCAUAACCUUUGAUCCUAAUACAGCACAUCCAAACCUUGAGCUUUGUGAAGAUUUUACAAGAGUGAAAAAUUCUGGAAUCUAUCAACGGCCACUGACGGACAGCCCUGAACAAUUCAGCCUCUGCGCCUGUGUGCUGGGCUUGGAGGCAUUUACAACAGGGAGGCACUACUGGGAGGUUGAAGUGGGGCAGAAUAACAGUGUCUGGGAUGUUGGGGUCACCCAGGCAUCCAGCAAUAGGAGAGGGAAUAUCCAGAUAUCACCCAAGAAUGGAUACUGGACUGUGUCCUUGCGGCAAGGGAUUCUGUAUACAGCAUCGGAUUCUGCUUGUGAAGCUCUGAGUGCAAAACCUCAGAAGAUGGGAGUGUAUCUAGACUAUGAAGGUGGACAGGUAUCAUUUUAUGAUGCUGGUGACAUGGUUCAUUUGUACACUUUCACCUGUGAAUUUAAUGAAAAACUGCAUCCGUACUUCUACCCUGGCCUUAAGGGAUCUGCACCUUUAAAACUGUUUCACCUGUGUUUGUAGAAGAAUAAUUGAUGACUCGGUACUGUUCUUUUGAUAUAAGUAUUUUUUGUUGGUGUAUUCCACUGCAGUAUUUGUUUUAAAUCAUAUGACAGCACAGUCAUUUUAUACUCCACCUUCCAUUUUCAGCACCCCAUGUUAAGUAUCUUUCUCUUUGGGGAAGGGCAGAACACAUAUCUGCUACUGAUACAGCCAAAGACAGAUCUCAGAAGUUCUGGUAUGAGCAUCUUUCUACUUGUAUAUGGACAGAGGAUAUGAUACUAUAAAGUUUGUGUUUAUUUUCUCCUGGUAAAGACGGUAACAAAGACAAUUUCCAGUUGACUCAUGAUACUUUAUAAGUAUCCGUCUCAAGAGCCACCCUGUAAGAAUUGCUAAGGAUCCAUCUGGCAGUUGUAGCCCAUUGGCAAUAGCCAAUUUAUUUUCUGGGUAACAACCACAGAGAAGAGCAGUAAGAAAUAAAGUUGAUUGUAAAAAUGUAUUAAUUCUUGAAAUGUAAAGUACUUGAAGACCGAUUAAAAAUAAUGUUUCUUCUUUUCACAA